AUGGUGAGCUCAGCGAGCGUAGCCAUGGCUGAAGCUGGCUUCGCUAACGGACUGCCGCAGGAUGGCGGACUGGAUGGCGAGGUCCUCGAGACCCAUCGCCUGCGCAUCCGACAGCACCUAGAUCGUGGUGUGUUCCCCGGAUUCGCAGAGGCUGCAGUCUGCAACGGCAGGGUAGUGUUUACGAACUUGGUUGGCUUCACAGACAAGAGCAAGAAGCACAGAAUGUCACCAUGCACGCUGUUCCGCGGGUAUUCCAUGAUGAAGCCCAUCACUGCCACGGCAUUUAUGAGCUUAGUGGAUGACGGAGCGGUGGGGCUUCACGAUCCCGUGGCCCGGUACAUCCCAAGCUUCAAGACGCUUCAGGUUCUCAAGAAGAGGGGCCAGGGCGUGGAAGCCUUGAAGAAGCCAAUGACCCUGUGUCAUCUCCUGAUGCACACAUCUGGCAUUGGGUAUGGUCCCGGUUCGAUUACGCCUGGUGUUCCGCUGGUCGCGAGAUCUGCUGAAGAGAAGCACUAUAAGAGCGUUACGGUCAAGCAAGAGCAGGGUGACAUCAAUACCCUGGCGAAGCUUUGCGCGGAGCUGGCCAGCAUGCCUCUGCUGCACCAGCCUGGCAGCAACUAUGCAUAUGGCAUGAGCAUGGAUGUCCUCGGUCAUGUCAUGGAGAUUGUCACAGGGCAGCCGCUGCAGAAGAUCAUCCAAACCCGUGUCUUGGAUCGAGUGGGCAUGCGGGAUACCAGCUUCAUGGUGCAGCGUUCCAAGAUGGCACAUCUUGCUGGAUACUACCGACUGAUGAAGGAGAAGGGAGCCUCAAAGCGCUGGCUCCAACGUUUGGAUGGAUCAAAAGCCCAAGACAGCAUGUAUGUGAAGGGUUCUCGAGCCGCAUAUGCUGGUGGCGUGCCAGCAGCGGGCGGGCUGUGGGGCGCUGGACGUUCUACGAUGCUUUUUUCAUUGCGGGACGUGCUGCUGUUCUGUCAGAUGCUGCUGAACGGUGGGCGAUCAGUAUCUGGACGCCGUGUACUGAAGACGCAGACGGUGCGAUCGCUUUGUCGCGACUGGUUGAGGCUGAAGCGCGCCUCAGACACCCCCAGCCCUGAAGGUUGGGGCAGUGAAGAUGUAGGGUGGUCGCCACUGGGCAACAUUGAAAGAUACGGUCCGCAUGCUGGAGCGCUCUACAUGGGAGGUAUGAGUUACUUCUGGCUGGACCCUCGUCGCAACGUUGCAGCGGCGAUCAUGACGGAGACAUACUGGCAGGUUGACCCCUUGGGCUGGAAGGGUGAGCUCGACGAUCUUGACCAGGUCGUGCAGCAAGCGGUGCUUGCAGGCAAGCGAAAGAAGAGGGAACCGCAAUCCGCGCCUUCUAAGAAGCCUCGGCGCUAG